GAAGAGGAGGAGGAGGAGGAAGAGGAAGCAGGAGAAGAAGCAGAAGAAGAGCCCCCCGGUAGCUUUUUGGUCCAUCUUCUGUCCGACCGACAUCAGCACGCACAGCAUGUCCGCGCAGCCCGGUGACGAGCUCGGCUCGGAGGCGGGGAAGUGGUUCGGGGACGACUACGAGAGGAACGGCCUGUUUGGAAGUACUCCGACCCGCUUCGACGAGCUGAAGCCGAGAGGCGGCGACGCAUCGGGCGACCUGGAUCAACACAUCCAUCCUUUCCAGGACGACGGGAAAAGGCCCCCGGUUGCUAUGGAAACUGCUUCUACAGAUGAUGCCAUAUCGGGCAUGUUCAGGAAGCCGAUGAACGACGACGGCGACGUCUACACGUCCCUGCUGUCCAAUCAGAGCUUCGCCUCGGGCCGGGAAGCCUCGUACCUGUCAGACGACCUGAAGCCCUCAAACUACUCCUCCGGCUCCUCCGGCCUGGAUCACUUCUCCAGCGACUCGUACAGCUUCAGCUCCAGCGCCAAGAUGACUUCUAACUUCGCCGACGACAUGCCCAAGUCUCUGCUGGGCUCCGAUAAGACAGAAUCCUAUAACUACAUGGAUAUCAGCCACGGGGAUGAGAAGCAGGGGCCUCUCCACAGCCUGCUGGACAAAGGCUCGGCGCUGGGCAGCUACAUCGACAAGACCCCAGGAAGACACGAUGAAGAGGAGGAGGAGGAGGAGGAGGAGGAGGAGGAGAACCUGGGCCCGGCGCUCGGGUCCCACUCCUUCCCGUACGUGGAGGAGCCGUCUGACGAGGAGCUGACGGACUACCGGUCCUACCGGAACCUGGGCGGCACCCCGCAGACCGCCAGCCCGGUGAAGAUCACCCUGACCGAGUCCAAGCCCGCCGCCGCCCCGGCCGGACCGCCGCCGCCGCCGCAGCAGCAGCAGAUGUCUCCGGGCUCCGGUUCGGAGCGCGAGAACGUCCUGAGCGUGGGCCUGCAGGGCGUCCCCACGGUGACGCUGUCGGAGCCGGAGGACGAGAGCCCAGCGUCCACGCCCAACGCUUCGCCAACACGAAAAGAUUUCUCUUCACACGACAUAUUCAAGGCUGAGCCGGUUCAGACCACGGCUUCCAAAAGCAAGGCGGGCGCCAAGGCCGGCGGCAGGGAGCACGACGGCAGCAGCGCAGAGUCCGGAGACUCUGAGAUCGAGCUGGUGUCAGAGGAGCCCAGCAAGGCCGGCAGCAACCCGUUCGCCCCGCCGCCGAAAAGCAAGGGCACCGUCAGCCAGCCCAACAACCCCUUUGACAAUCCCCCGGCGGCGAAGGGCGGUUUUGGCCUCGCCGGCGGCCACGCCCCCCCCACAGCCUACAGCAUCCUGAGAGAGGAGAGGGAGGCCGAGCUCGACAGCGACCUCUUCAUCGAGUCUGCGUCUGAAGAAAGCCCCAAGAGAGAGCAGGGCUUCGGCGGCCCCAAGCAGGGAGUCAGCCCGCCGUCCCCCCUGCUUCCCAGCACCGCCCCUCCCCGAGCCGCCCCCGCAGUGGCGCCGGUCCAGCCGCUGAUCCCAGAGAAGGUCAAGGAGCCGGUGAAAACGGAGGAGGAUCGGCCCAGCAAGCCCAAGCCCCCGACCGCCGCCGUCCCUCCCGAGGUGCGGGCGGAGAAAAGCCCACAGGACGACGUGCUCAAGUUCAGCAGCGACGGCAAGCGAGACCCGGGGAAACCCCCGGCGUCCAUGUUCCUGGAGGGCUUCGAUAAGCAAAAAGCGAUCGACCUGCUCUACUGGAGGAAUGUGAAGCAGUCGGGAGCCGUGUUCAGCAGCGUGCUCCUGCUCCUCUUCUCCCUGACCCAGUUCAGCGUGGUCAGCGUCGGCGCCUACUUGGCCCUGGCAGCCCUCUCCGCCACCAUCAGCUUCAGGAUCUACAAGUCUGUGCUGCAGGCUGUGCAGAAGACCGAUGAGGGCCAUCCUUUCAAGUCCUACCUGGAGAUGGAAAUCGCUCUGUCUCAGGACCAGAUUAGCAAAUAUGCCGACAAAAUCCUGCUCUACUCCAACACCUGCAUGAAGGAGCUGCGCAGGCUCUUCCUCGUACAAGACCUGGUGGACUCCUUGAAGUUUGCUGUUCUGAUGUGGCUCCUGACCUACGUGGGCGCCCUCUUCAACGGCCUGACUCUGCUCAUCCUAGCCGUGGUCUCCAUGUUCACCAUGCCCGUGGUCUACGAGAAACACCAGGCACAGAUUGAUCAGUACGUGGGACUAAUACGGACCCAGGUCAACUCGGUGGUGGGGAAGAUCCAGGCGAAGAUCCCCGGGGCCAAGAGGAAGGAGGAGUAGAGGCGCGUCUCCCUGGGAGGCUGACAGUCCAGUCCAGUCCAGCUCGGAGUCGGGCUCGCUGUGCGGGAGCCUGGCGGUCAUCUGUGGGCCGUAGUGCUACGUCAUCUUGGUGUUCUCUAAAAAGCAUCCACUGGAGAAGCCUUCACCUUGUCUAUAGCAGUCUAAACACUAACACACACACACAGUCACACGUGCGUAAAUAAUCCCGUUUCUAGGUAGACAAGUUCACAACUCCAAGACAAAAAAAGAAACUUGACUUUUUUUGUGUUGCUUAUGAUAAAAGUGCAUGAAGUCGAGCCUUGGGUAAAUGAUAUUUGAUAUUUUUGUGCAGUUUUGAAGAAUCACGCUACGUUUCUUUUUUUUUUUUUUUUUUUGCUUUGCAGUGCUUACCACAAACUGUACGGUUUGGCACAAAAAGGCUAAAUGCCCACAGACGUGCUCUGCUGCCAAUGUUAAAUACUGCUUCAUGUUUCUGAGUUAGCAGAUGGGGCUUCUCUCGGUAUAUGUCAAUAUAUAUAAAUACCCAAAAUGAUUUCCUUUGGUGUUUUCAAGCACAAAAUAAUUUAACAAUAUGCGUCUUAGAUGUGGUAAUCGUAGGGUUUUUGCUUUUGUAUAACCGUGAGGAACAAUACACACGCUCAUGUUUUAGGUACUGUUGUACAACUACUAUGACGACAAGGAGUAUCUGGUGAUAUUUAGCUUGUUUGAAUAACUGUCCAACUUUGUACUAUGUUCAACUAUACUCUGUAGUUCUUUAGACCCUGGACUCUUUCACUAUUUGCACUUACAGUAUGUAUUUAAUUACAAGGGUAAGAAAAAAAAAUAAAUGUACCUUGAUGUAAAACA